AUGGCACCGACAAUAUGCGAGGUCUGCAAAGACUCGCGGGCAGCAGUGAUCCGGCCAAAGAACUCUCAGAAGAUCUGCAAACAAUGUUUUCUGUCCAUAUUCGAGGCCGAGAUUCACGACACUAUCGUGAGUAACAAACUGUUCCACCGCGGCGAACGUGUUGCCAUCGGCGCAUCUGGCGGCAAGGAUUCGACUGUUCUCGCUUCGGUGUUGAAGAUCCUGAAUGAACGUCAUGACUACGGCCUGGAUCUCGUACUCUUGUCCAUCGAUGAAGGUAUCAAAGGCUAUCGGGACGACAGCCUGGAGACGGUGAAGCGAAAUGCGGUGCAGUAUGAAAUGCCCCUCGAAAUUGUGGGAUAUGAUCAGCUUUACGGGUGGACAAUGGACCAAGUCGUGGCCCAGGUAGGCAAAAAGGGAAACUGCACUUACUGCGGUGUCUUUCGCAGACAGGCGCUGGAUCGAGGGGCUGCGAAGCUGGGCAUCAAACACGUCGUGACCGGUCACAAUGCCGACGAUGUUGCCGAAACCGUCAUGAUGAAUCUGCUUCGUGGCGAUCUGCCCCGGCUUGCAAGGGCGACCUCUAUUAUGACAUCCAGUUCGGCAAGCGAGAUCAAGAGGAGUAAGCCGCUGAAGUAUGCGUACGAGAAGGAAAUAGUCCUCUAUGCUUACCACAAGAAACUGGAUUACUUCAGCACGGAGUGCAUUUACUCGCCAGAGGCCUUCAGAGGGAGCGCUAGAACGUUGAUCAAAGAUCUAGAAAAGAUUCGACCAAGCAGCAUAUUGGACAUUGUGCGAAGUGGAGAGGACAUGGCUAUGCUGGUGCCUCCUGAAUUGGCCGGCUCUGCGUCUUGUGGUGCAGAGGGUGAUGAGCAGACAAAUGGUUGUGGCGGUCAGAACCAGACCAGCGACUCCAUGGUCCGACUGGAGAAGGACCUGACCGCCAACGAAGCUGCUGCUGAACGCGAAACAGAGAUCCAGUUGCCUCGGCCAGAAGUGCAACCAAACAUUCAUGACAAGAAACGACGAGGACGACGGAAAGUGGUCAAACAAAUCAUGGGCCAAUGUGAGAGAUGUGGUUAUCUAUCCAGUCAGAAAAUUUGCAAAGCCUGUUCUCUGCUGGAGGGACUCAACAAGAGCCGGCCGCGAACGACCAUUGAGGUGGGAAUCGAAGAUGAAGAGGGAAGUACGACGUUGAUGAGACAGACUGCUGGACUCGUCAUCUCUGCUGGCUGAGGCUCAGGCGGUCUUCCGUCGUGAGGCAACCCGUCUAUCGAAUGCCACCGCCAUUCUCAACCACGCUCUCUCUAUCAGCAAGAGGGCUAUCUGCACGAGGAGAAUGACCAGCCUCAGCAAAUAAUUCUUCAUUGUCAGAGAGGGCCUCUUCGCUUUGGACAGUGACGGAUCGACGAACUCAAAAGGCAGCUUUGCUCCCAGAUGGCUGAUAGCGACCAGCAGCCCACUGUUGAAGCCAUCUUCCAGAAAGCCAUAUCUGGUCCAUGCCCCGCAGUAGCUGAUGUUCCUGGUAUUUUGAACCUUGGGCAACAGUUUCUGUGACUUGAUCGCUGCGGCAUUGUACAGGGGAUGCGAAUAUUCCCAUAUACCCUGAGCCAGUCGAGGAUCGGGCAUGUUCAGGGGAUUUAGCGUGACCAGAACGGGCCCAAACUCGCUCUCUGAUAUUCCCUGGAGGACGUUCACCGAAUACGUCAGACAGCCUCUGGAAAUGUGCCUGCGCCUGGUAGGUGGGAACGGGGACUCGGUGAUAUAGUUCAAGGAUGACCAUGCCUGUCGUCUCUUUGGCAUCAGGGAGAGAUCUGAGUGUAAUACGGCAACAAUUCUACUGGUUCGGAAAGCACUCAAGAUGUCAGACUCGUCUCUGGUUGUUAGCGGUUGCAAAAGAUCCAGAGCCUGAUCAGCCUGCGUCGCCACUAUCACAUGGUCGAAUUCAUGGUCCUUUCCAUUCGCCGUCAGCAAGACAAUGCCUUUGUCACUUGGACUCAGUGAGGUGACUUUGGAUUCGAGAUGAAUUCUGUUGGCAGGGAAAUCCUUUACCACCGAUUCGAUAUAUCGCUCUGCUCCGCCAGAAAUGGUCCACCAGCCUGAGGAUUUACCAGUGAUAUUCAGCAUGUGCUGGUCGUACAUGAAUCGAACCACGGUGGUGGCCGGGAGCUCCAGGGAAUAUUGACCAGGGUUCGUCCCCCAGAUGGCGGCUGUCAUCGGAAUGAGAUAGUUAUCACGGAACGCCUGGGAGUAGUUUUCGCGGUCGAGAUAUUCGCCGAUACUCUCUUGGGGCCGGUGUUUGAUCUUUUCCCGGACUUCCUGGGAGGUGGUAUCAACGCCCCUGUCAUCUUCUCGGAGAAGGUCGACUGCGAACUCGUUGAAUCGGAUGACUUCCAAAAUCAACUUCCACAUGCCAGGGCUGAAGAUAUUCCUCCUUUGAGCAAAGACGGAGGACCACGAUCUCCAGGCCCACUCGAACGCCCCUUGAUCGCAGGAGACACCAAAGGUCAGGUCGGUCCUUCUCAACGGAAUACCCAACUGUUGGAGAAAUCGGAUGAAGUUAGGGGAGGUAGCGGCGUUUACGACAAUCAAACCGGCAUCAACGUCGACCUUCUGGCCAUUGGGUCCUUCGUAGGCAAUGGACCCCAUGUGCCCGCCCAGUCGCAAUGCUGCCUCAAAUAGAUGAAUUUCAUGGCUAGUGCUGGUAUUGAGUGCCCAUAAAGCACCGAGACCUGAGCAGCCGCUGCCCACGAUUGCAACACGCUUUUUCAUGGC